AUGCUCUUUUAUGCGACCUUCAUCGCGCUUGCAAGCUGUAUUUCUCAACAAACACUCUUCGUAGGGGCCGUUUUUCUCCCCAACGAUGCGUCUAUCCCGUCUAGUGCGAGGUCAGACAUAGUCGACACUGGGUACGCCCGGUAUCUUGGCAAUAGGACGUACCCCAACACAGUCGCCUACCUCGGAAUUCCUUAUGCCGAACCACCUUUGGGCGAGAGAAGGUUCCGAGCCCCACUGCCUCUGAACAUCCGUCGUGUUGCUAGUGAAACCAAAGGCAGAGUGGUGGAUGCGAGAGAUUAUCCAGAUUUCUGCAUUCAAGGAACGAUUGGUGCUGGCGAUGCAGGAGGAGCGGGUAGUGAAGAUUGCCUCAAAGUAAAUAUAUACGCUCCAGCCGGCGCAAAAAGAGGUAGCAAUCUGUCCGUUCUUGUGUAUACGCACGGCGGAGGCUUUACAUACGGUAACCCGAGGAAUUGGCCUUUCGACCACUGGAUCAACCAAAGUCCAAACGUCGUCGUUGUCUCUGUUUACUACCGGCUCUCGUCCUUCGGUUUCCUUGCUACCCCAGCAUUUACAGACGCGACUGUCGGUGACUUCAAUGCUGGUUUCCUCGACCAAGUUCAGGCACUUCGUUGGGUCCGGGCGAACAUUGCCAGCUUUGGAGGCAAUUAUAGGAAAGUAACGAUCAAUGGAGAGAGUGCAGGCGGCGCAUCAGUGGCUCUGCACCUUGUUGCGAGCACGAGGAACGAGGGCCUUUACAGUGCCGCCAUUGGGCAGAGCGUGUGGAGGACACCAGUUCCGACUCCGGAGGAGCAACAGCCUCUUUUCGAGUUUUACGCGAAGCAUGCUGGAUGCGGAGAAGGCACGGCUCCUGCUCAAGUCGCAUGCUUGAGAAAGGCCAGUGUCAGCGCUCUUGCACGGGCCCAGGAUGCUGCUGCCCCACCACUAUUCACUGGAGGUUACAAUAGGUUCCGUCCAGUCCUAGACGGCAAGAUUAUCACCGAUUACCCGACGAGGUCGUUCCUUACUGGCAACUUCGCUGGGGUCCCUUUAAUCGUUGGGUCAACGACAAACGACACCGUCUCCGGAGGAACUGACACCGCUGCAAAUCUGAGAGCGUCCUUCCCAUCGAUAUCGGACACAGCUAUCAAGGCUCUAAUUGAUGCUUACCCACUCGCCGAUUUCGCCUCAUCAGUAGCAUUGCAACUCCAAACCAUCCUCGGCGACACGCAAUUCCGAUGCGCUGGCUACAUCAUGGGAACAGCAUUCAGCAAGGUGACCAGAUCGUGGACGUAUCGCUAUAACCAACCAACUCCUGGCGCGGCUGCGGUACACCACGCUGCAGAGAACUGGAUGAUGUUCAAGGGUACGAGUACUGGAUUCAACGGAACGACAACCUUUCAGCCCCAGUCACCAACCGAAGAGGCGUUUGCUGAGGAGCUGAUCGCUUAUUGGCUUUCCUUCAUACGCUCCAACGACCCAAACACCUUCAAGCUGGCUCGGUCUCCUACUUGGACUGAAUACACCCCAACCUCCGCCCGGAUCGUCCUUACCGCGGGCCCUACAGUUCAGCCCGGGACUGCUGUCGUCAGUGGGACUACAUUGGAGGUAGAGAACGAGACAGGCAUUGCGAGGUGUAAACUCGUCGCGAGUCAAGUUGACGAACAGCAGAAUUAA